GGUGCCAUAAAGAGUUAAGUGUAGUACACUUACGCAAGUAUUUUCCCCCAGUGGAAAAGGAACUAUAUGUGUGAAAACAAGUCCUUUGUAUUCAGUAGGAUGUCAGUACCGCAGUUUCUUUACGUGGCAUACUGUUUCCACAUACUGUUUAGGAGGGUAGUCUGCGGUGCUGCUUUCUGCCCGGAUUUGGUUUAUUUUGAAGAUAAAUCACACAAGUGCUCUUUCACUGGUGGAUCUGGGCUCAUCCUAAAAGCUGUGCAGUUCUCCAUCUGUGACAGGAAUGAAAACCAGCGGCUAUUUCAUGAUUUUCUACCUGACUUUCUUUGACAUCUGGGAUUUAUCAGCCUCUCAAAAUUCAAGAAAUGAGAGCAAAACCCAUACUACAGCAACUGGGGUAUAUGUUACUGCUUGGGAAGGACAAGUGACUCUCUCAACUUCAAACUCAUCAAGCCAUGAAUCCAUCACACACACUACACUGUUAUUAAGAGCUCCAUUUACAACAACAGGGAGUCAAAACACUCCAGUUCCUACAUCAGCUCCGUGUUCGCAGGUCCAUGUGGCCAGUUUGCUGGGAGGAAUGAUGCUGGGCUUCAUCGUAACGCUGGCUGUGUGUCUGGGCUACAGGUUAAUCUGCUCUCGCCAGCAGGGGCGCUAUCGAGCUCUAGAACAACAUGAUGCCAUCAUAUAAUAGUGGGACUACUGGAGUGUCGGACGGUCAUAAAACACUGUUUUAUGAUGGGAAAUGUUCUACUGUACUGUUACAUGUCAUCGUGAAGUGCCUGUUGCUACAGAUACAUUUUAGACUUUCUAGAUAUUAGGUCUCAUUGACCUCUCUGAAUAUCAUCAAACAUCAUCAUCACGUACAGACGACAGCAGAAGUGGACUGUUGAAGAUUGGAAAAAGACCAGAUGAUGUUUGUCCAAUAUUCAUCUGUCCAGUGUGGGUAAGGCUGUGCCUGCUAUAGCUUCAGAUUCCUGUUCUUGGCUGACAGGAGUGAAACUCGAUGUGGUCUUCUGCUGUUGUAGCCCAUCCGCCUCAAGAUUUGGCGUGUUCUUGGUUCCGAGAUGCUUUUCUGCUCAGCACGGUUGUAAAGAGUGGUUAACUGAGUUACUGUAGCAUUCUGUCAGAGUCUGGCUGUUCUUCUCUACCUCUCUCACCAACAAGGUGUUUCCACCCACGGGACCGUCACUCACUGGAUGUUUUAUUGUUUUUCACACGACUGUGUAAAGAGUCAAAAUCACAUGAACAUUAACUAACUUGUAUGUGCAUGAUUUUUAUUGAUUGGUUGAUUAGAUAAUUGCAUUAAAUAUGCAAUGUGCUAAUACACUGGCUGCUGAGUAUGUGUGGAUGUCUUCAGG